ACUCAACUACAUACGCAACAAGGCUAAUUCUACAAUAAAUACAAAACAACGCUGAAAUAUCAACGAGAAAAGACUUCUGAUUGUAUUGAAGACUUUAGUUUAUUUACUCUCUGUUAAAUUACUAUUAAAGUAGAUUCAAUGGAACACCAAAAAGCGACAGAAUUGAACAGUUUGUGCAAUGGCAAAAUUGUCACAGAGUAUCUCUGCCGUAAUGGCUUCAGCGAGCUGUCGGUCGAGUCGAAGAAAGUCGCUGUCCAGCACAAAAACGAGACGUCUCGGAAAGAGGCGGAGGACGAGUCGCGGUUACCGGCUAUAGAGGCGGCAUAUACCACCAUACUGCGAGGUCUUGGAGAAAACACUGACCGACAGGGUCUCCUCAAAACUCCGCUGCGAGCUGCCAAAGCCAUGCAGUUCCUGACCAAAGGGUAUCACGAAACCAUCUAUGAUAUCCUUAAUGGUGCCAUCUUUGAUGAGGACCAUGAGGAGAUGGUUAUCGUGAAAGAUAUUGACAUGUUUUCUCUUUGUGAACAUCACCUAGUACCAUUUUUUGGCAAGGUUCACAUAGGAUAUCUGCCAAGUAAAAAGGUUGUUGGCCUCAGUAAGCUUGCAAGAAUCGUUGAAAUCUACAGUCGCAGACUUCAAGUUCAAGAGCGCUUAACAAAGCAAAUUGCAAUGGCAAUCUCUGAAGCUCUGCAGCCUGUAGGCGUGGCCGUUGUCAUUGAGGCAGCUCACAUGUGCAUGGUCAUGCGUGGAGUGCAGAAGAUGAACAGCCGUACUGUGACCAGUGCCAUGCUGGGCUUGUUCAGGGAGGACCCAAAGACUCGAGAGGAGUUCCUGGCCCUGACCAAAAGUGCAUAGUAACCCUCACUUUGCUGCUCCGGCUCUAUUAGUGUG